AUGGCAAAAAUUGCAGAAAAAGCUGGGAACGACUUAAGACAAGACGGUUAUACCAACAAGGCAGGGCCAUCCGGCAUCAGAAGAGGGGGGGGGCACACCUCUCAGCGCCAGCAUGGUACCUCCAAAACUGCAUACAAUGCUCGUACUCCAUAUAAAGCGACUAGCUACCGCCCGUCUUUAAACAGGCAACGCCCGCCUCGCCAGUCAGGGAGGGACUCGGGGCCGAGGAAAGGGCAAACCUCCAAGCAAAGUCGCCCCCCAGGUUCAACCCACCCUCUGGCCAACAGAUUAACAUUAGUGGCCGCGAAAUUAUCCGGCAGGGGUUUCAACUGAGAGGAAUAUCGGAUGAGGCGGUAGAGACCAUAAUCGAUUCAAUAUCGACAGCUACGAUCAGCCAGUAUGCGUGUACUUACCGUCUAUGGUAUAAGUACUGUGAAGAGAAGCAGAUACCAGUAUUUCAGGCAAACGUCCUGCAGGUAAUAGAA